AUGGUUACAAAGUUUUGGUUGUUUCUUUUUCCACGUCCAACCCACCAGAAAACCAACAAGUAAAGUUGUCAAGCAAGUCGACAUGAAAAAUUUCUUCCAAUUCCUUUUGGAGGGUGAAUUGAAAACGAUGCGCUUUGCCACUUUACGAUCAGCAGUAGCUGUUACUUGUCGUCAGUUGGGAAAUAAAAGAUAUUUCAGUCGUAGAGUAUCACGCAGGAGAAAUGACGACGAGGACGAUUUUGAAGAACGUGAACCGAGAAAGCUUUCAGCUUUUAAUUUAUAUAUGCAAAAGAUGUUGCCUGUUAUGAAACAACAACAUCCGGAGCUCAAUCAUAAAGAAGUAUUCAAAAUGUGUGCUCAAAGUUGGAAGACUGCUCGUGAGAACCCAAAGAAUACUCGAACUCCACGUUAAGUGCAGUAUGUACCGCUCUAUUUCGUAGCCAAGGGAAUUCAACUUGUCAUCCCUGGUUGUUCGAAGACGGUGUUUCCAGUUGUUACUUUUGCGGAUAGCUAUGGAGAUUGAAAUGUUCCAAUAAAACCUAUCUCUUGUAUGGGUUAUUUUCAAUCUGUGAAUAACUCUCCGCACUAUACAAAUAAAGUCCUCAUAAGAUACCCAACGAUAUAUAUAUAUUUAAUAAAAGUUUUGCUCUCCAACCACGGAACUGGAAUAAAAGGAAGAGGCAAACUGCCUCUAUAGCACUCCUUCCCAAGCUCUCGUCAUUAUUGAAGAGAUCAAUAAAAGUCCUCAAAACCCU